CCCGCUGCGCCAGAACGUUCCUCCUUUGCGGUUAAGACUUAGUCACUCAAAUUUUAUUACAUGAUCAGCUGUUGUCACAAUUAUGUCACGAUGAAACAUUGUUAAUAUGAACCGAUACAUGCUUGUCUAUAUUGUUCAUUAAAUGGGUAAUUUCGUCCAUUUUUUUAGAAUUCAGCUUCUCACAUUGUUCUCGAGGUCAUCAACACAGGGCUCAUGAGUCGUCAACCAAUAGGGGGCGCUGCUACGAAUGCACGAGGUGCCGCAGAAACUCUGGGAAGGUUUUUCUCAGUCCAUCCAGUUUUCUCUGCGCAGGCGGUGCUCUCGGACGACAUUCCUCAAAAUCAUCAUUUUUUAAAAAAAGUUUUCGCUUUCAAACUGUGGAGUACGAAUUCCCAGCUGACUUCGUCUUUUGAAGGUCGGGGAGAGCGUGUUUAUCUGUGGCGUUUAGCCGACAACGGAGACGAGGAGCGAGCGAGAGAGAGGGGACGGUGUUAGUUGGCCAAACAAAUCGUGUGGGCGCCACGGCCGCGUUGCACAUGGGGUGUCCUUUGUGAAUGUUUCAACAUGAAGCAGAAGUGACGUUUGAUCGGCGGAGAGCGGUGGAUCAACAUGAAAGUGCCCAACGGCAGCGCUAAGGCCAGGGGGCGGCAGCCUGGCGAGGCGAGGAAAGCCAAGAAGACGAAGAAGCAGCUGCUGAACCACCGUGCGGGCACGCUGAGUUCGGACAACUGCACGGCGAGUCCCAGCACAGCCCUGGCCAGGAAGUACCAGCAACUUGGCAGCCAGAGAGAGCCAAGUCUGAAGAGGCUGAAAAGUGGUCCCCGUAAGUUGGGGUCUCUGCAGGGGCGUGAGGCGAGGUUCAGCAGCUGGGCCGUCUCGCACGCUCACUCCAAUGGGGGCGUGGAGGAUGAGACCCAGCUGGAGAUGAGCUCUGAGGAAACACGCGCCUGGAGCUCUUUUGCCUUGUCGGUGCUGCGGAACGACACGGAACGCCCGUUCAGCUUGCAGCCUGACGGCAAGGAUGAAGAGCCGCCCCAGUACCACGCCGAGCGGGACCCCGUUCACAACCGGACACUGCUUGUUUUGCACCAAGGACAGCGCUUGUGCUUCCGGGGGACAUGUUUGCUCACAUGUCUCUACGGGAGGGUGGAAGUGCUGGGCUUCACCAUUGAAGAGGGUCAGCAGCCCUACCCCAUCUUUUCCCCUGCUACAAUCUGCCCCCUCACAAUCACUGCCAUGAAAACCUCCUCCGCCUCCACCAAGAGCAGAAAGGAGCGUCGUCUGGAGGCCAAAGCUGUCAUCCGCAAGUACCUGUCUAUAGAACCACGUAAGAGGCUGCAGAGCAAGGUGAACUCGGAGUCCUCGCUGGUCCUGCUGGAGUCGCUGGAAACCCCUCUGACCCGGUUUUUGAGCAGCCUGCCCGAGUACCAUGACCUGUUUGCGUUGACCUCAAGAGAGCUGAAGCUGCAGUCGGCUGCUGUGAACUGCCCCCUUUCAGCCAUCGGUCUCACCCCGCUACGAGGCAGUGGGCACGGCCUGGUGACGUCACAGAGCUACAGAAAUGCUUUGACAACCCUUGUCAAUGCCUGUGCAGAGGAGUCUGAUGGAUGUCCCAUCAUUCUGGUGUGUGGUGCCAAGAACACAGGAAAGUCCACUUUCAACAGGCACCUCAUUAACACCCUGCUGAACCACACUUCCAGCGUGGACUACCUGGAGUGUGACCUGGGUCAGACAGAGUUCACCCCUCCUGGCUGCCUGUCCUUAUGCACCGUCACCAAGCCACUACUGGGGGCCCCAUUCACCCACCAGCACACCCCACAGCACAUGGUGUUUUUUGGUGAGAGCUCAUGCGAGAGGGACCUGGACCGUUACCUGGAGUCGCUCAAGUUCCUGUGGCGCUCCUACACUCGGGAGACAGCCAUCAUCAUCAACACCAUGGGCUGGGUCAAAGGUUUUGGCUUCCAGCUGCUGGUGGAUCUUAUUCGGCUGUUUUCCGUGACUCAUGUAGUGCAGCUUAGCCAUGGGGACACCACUCAGUGCCCUGCCCUCACAUCCAUCUUCCUGCAGUCUGCCCACGGCUGGCAGACCCGCCCUCCAGCACCGCCCAGCCUAGGGCAAGAGAUGGAGGAGCCCUUCGGACCACAGGGUCACGUGCUGAUCAGCGUCCACUCAGAGUUUGAGGGAGCAGGCACCACAAAUAACUUGAGGUACCACCGCAGCAACAUCAUCCGGGACAUGGCUCUGCUGGGCUACUUCAGCCAGCUGCAAACCUCUGGGCCCGGCCCUGUACGACCCCUGCACUGCUUCAAUCCCUACCAGGUCCCCAUAUCGGCGGUCGCUCUACGGGUGACCCACUCUGAGGUCGCUCCUGCCCAUGUGCUCUAUGUUGCCAACGGCAACUUGGUAGCUCUCUGCUGCUUGGGGGAGAAGGUGGCAGGCACUGGGGGCCCUGUCCUGCUCUCUCAGACACCCAUCUGUAAAUGUGUUGGUUUUGGUGUCCUGCGUGGGGUAGACAUGACUCGGGGGCUGCUCUUCCUGGUGACUCCCGUGGUGCCCUCCGUCUUGCGGCAGGUCAACUGCCUGUUGCUGGGCGGAAUCGCGUUGCCCCAUAACCUUCUGAAAGCACAGCCUGGAGUCCAGGGGGAGAAGCCCUACAUCACUUCAGACUAUAGCUUCGAGCUCAGUGGGGCAGGCAAGAUGAAGGUCUACAAGGGUCUGCAGAGGCCUGAGCUGCUGAGAGGAGCCACCCGUUAGCCUGGCCUGGGAGGUCUGAGUGAAGAAGGCCCUGUAACAUUGGGAGGAACAGAGAGAGGCCAACAAGUGGAAACUGGUCUAUUCUUACAACACAGCAGCCAUUUUUUUUCCUUUUUUUUGUUUGUUUAUAUCCCUCUAUAAAGAUCAGGCAUAACAAUAGGGGACUACAAAUGGAGGAAGAGUUGAAAGACCAGUGGGUGUGGUUUGUUUUUAUAGAAGUGACUUUCCGUACGGCCCCUGUAGCAUCCGCUGCCGUCACGUCAGCUUUUUCAUUGGUUGUGUUUGCUCACUUCAUUCAUGACUUCCUGGAACUAAAGGACCUCUUUAGUGUGACUUUGGCGAACAUACUAUUUGGCAUUUAGGAUUUUGGCUGGAAAGCAGCAUGAUCUGCAACGGAGCGUGCCAAAAUCGAUCAGACCGCAAGCCACAUGUUUCCCGAGGCGAAACGGUUGCUUGAACCAUUUGGAAAUGACACGCAAGUUUUUAACCUCAAGAAGAAACGUACAGUUAGGCUCUGAGGAGACACUGUUUGAUGUGACUUUUCCUGUUUACGCGAAUAGUGUACUGUGACAAACAGUUCUGUAUUCACUUGCCUUAUUUGUGCUCAGUCUGCCGUCAGUGGGAUUCCUACUCAGUGCCCUCCCAAAGUUGCGUCCUGUUGUUGGGGCACAUUUCUGUAUUGACCUCCAUGUGAGUCGGCUUUUCGCUCUUGAGUCGGUGGUCUGUUGCUAGUCACCCUCUUGCGACCUGCUAUUUUAAUAUCUAGGGCCUAUUAUGAUCUGUUACACAAAUGAGUACCUGUUAGGCAUUUUGUUCACAAAUUGUUAAUGCCCAUAUUCUCUGCCAAUGACUGAUGCAUACUGAAUGUUAAAUGUUGAGUAGUCUUGCUACCCUGAUGGGUUGCAUUCCAAAGUGUUCUCAAUCUUUCCUGGACCCGCACCUGGUGAGUAACCCGUAAUCUGUUCGGGAUGUCAGAGUGAUUGCUCGAUGUCUCCGUACUACAGCGCACACUUGGCUCAGCCAUGCACCAAAACCUCCGCUUGAACCCACUGAACCUCUGAGCAUGUGCUUCCCAGCCCUCAUCGCAGUGUCUGGAAGCUACAGAUGCUUCAGAUGGACUUUUACUGAUGCUGCUGGCUUUGCUUUUUCAUUCAGAAGCACACAAAGUUUCACAGCCAGGACACUUUGCUCUGUUCUUCUUCUCUUGUUUGCCAUGUUUACAGUGGGAGUGGUCAUGAAGAGGGGCUGAGCUCUCCCAGCAAGGGGUGGGAGCUGGAGAAGUUUCUGCCAUUUUUACACAAUCUGCACCACCCCAGGACUUGUUCUUUUUUUUUUAAUACAUAUGAAAACUAUGG